AUGUACGACGCACACUCAUUUGAGACGCAGCCUAUACAAGUCUACAGAGCUGACCUUGUCAACGAUAUAAAUGUUCGUGCCGGGGCCUUAGAUCCCUCCCAUCACUCUGAAUCGGAGGGGCCGUCGCCUCUGCCUACACCGCUCUUCAACCAAGAACCAGAGGAGCUAGUCGACAUGGCCCUCGCUAGGUUGCAGUGUGCAGAUUUGAAACCGGUGGAGUGGAAAGGGCUCCUGUACAGACGUAUGGGCGUCCCUGUUCUGAUAAAAGAUUUUGCUUUCAUCCUGCCCGACAACAGUGUAGAAUAUGCCUCCAAGAUCCUGACUGAUAUGGGUCUCCCACGAGCCCAGCAAUCCCGCUUCCUCUCGUCCACGGAAGGCGAUUUCCACACGAGAGGGGUGUUCCAUCGAGUCACUCGGGAGACCUCUCCGUUUUUUCUCCAGCACAUCGCACUUUACCCUGCAUCAUUCGCUGAGAUAUCGGUUCACUCCCCGCUGGUAACGUCUGCGCCUUCUAUUCUCGGCGUCGACAGCCCCCGCACCCCAAACUAUCUCGUCCCACAGCCCUCGGCGGUCUAUGCAUCGCUCAUGCGUAUGAUGCUGAGGUAUCCCCGCCAGUGCUCUACACGACGUUGUCUCAACCCAGACCUAUCCCAACUGGUCGGUUAUCACCUCCUUCGUCUAGAAAACGACUUUAUUGACCCGGAUGACGAGGAACAAUGGCAGAAGUUGGAUAUGGACCGGAGGACAGAAGAGGCAGUCUGCGAGCUCAGGGGCUGGAUAUGGGAGCCUGGCGAGGAGUGGAUAGUAGACGCGUUGGAGGCUGUGCUCAGAGACUCUGCGGAAGUCGAAUUUCUACCUUGGCGCUCAUAG